AUGAGGCUCUCCCUUCAAGUCGCGAGAAAAUUCUUCGAUCUCCAAGACAUGCUGGGUUACGACAAAGCGAGCAAAACCAUCGAGUGGCUUCUCAGCAAAUCCAAGAAGGCGAUGAAGGACCUCACCAACACCAAGGAUGGUAAGAGUGAAUCAUUCGCGUCGGAAUGCGAGGUCGUUUCCAGGGAGAACUGCUCGAAGAAUGAAGGUGUUGCCGACUGCAACGAGAGCUCAUUGAUCGGGAUAAAGCCAACGACGAGAGAGACGAGGGAGAAGGCUAAGGCGAAGGCGCUGUGCAGAACAGAGGAGAAGGUGAUGGUAAAGCGGGUCGAAUCGAGCCCUAAUCAGAAUGUUCUAGAGAAAUUAGGGUCUUCGAGCAGCAGUCCUCCAUUAGAUCGAGAAAGGGUUUGUGUAGCGGAUUGCGCCCCCUCCUGCACGAUGUCGGAACAAUCGAGAAGCUUCUGGGGAGUUCCACUUCUGAUCAUUACAACUGCUCUAGUUUCAUGGGAUUUCUUGGAAACUGGGACCUGUUUGAGCAAUGAUCACAGACUAAAUUAA